CCAUUUAUUUUCUUUACUAUGACCACAUCAUCGUCCACCCAGGAGUCAACUCCUUCUUCAUCUCCUCCCCCUUCUUCUAUCUCUACACAUUCUAUUCCUACAGAUACCUCACCAGCAGCCGCUAGGACGUUGAGCCCACAUUAUUACUAUAAUACCAUGGUAGUACAGCAACCGGAUUUUUCAACAGCGCUCUCCAAGAACCCAUUGUUGACACGGAUAGGAUUAGAGCCGAUCAAACGGAUCACAUUGAUAACAGGAACAGCAGCCUUUUGGGGAUUUAUAUUAGGAGGGGUGAUUGGAUCACGUCAAGCAGGGAUGCAAUAUCUAGCGGAGAAUGCACAUCGGUUACCCAAGAAUAUGGAAGGCUGGUAUUUUUACCAUAAGCGGAAAAACUAUCGAAUGGCAUUUGGAGCCCUUAAAAAGGGAGCUGUAUACUCGGCCAAGACAGGUGUUCUUGUGGGAUUAUUUGAAGUAUUGGAAGCAAGUGCUGAUUUUUAUCGAGGUGGAGCUGAUUUUUUGAAUUCAAUGAUGGCAGGAGUCAUAUCAGGAGGCAUCUUUUCAGCGGCUAGUAAGGAACCUUUUUUAAAUAUAUAUAUAACAGGAAUAAGUGGAGGAAGAAAGGAAAAAAGAAAUUAGAUCAUCAGUUAUUAUAUUUGUGAUUUUGAAUUGUAUCAGGAACCUAACUAUUCUAUUUUAUUUUAUUUUAUUUUUAUCUCUUUUUUAUUAAUAUUAUAGACAAGUUGCCGAGACAGAGUACUAAACAUACAUUGAUGUUGGGUGCAGGGUAUGGUCUAGUCAGUGGAG